AUGUCAUUCUUGAACAACUUAAAUGCAUUCCUUGCGUCGGAUGAUAGCUUUGAAGUCCCAUCUUCACCUCCACCUCCACCUCCACAAGAGAAGAAGAGAAAGCCCUUGGUUCCGAAGGAUUUGAGCCUGUUCCGGUAUAAUGGAAACGUCAAUGCCAAUACUUCUCCUGGCACCUCGCUGCCAGUCAAUCACAGUUUCGGGGUCACCAAUACCAAAAGUGGCAGCUCUCGUGCAAACGAGUCGCAUCUAAGCUCUACCUUCACAUCGGCAAUCAACAAGUUUCUGGUUGAUGUCUUGCCUUUUCAACAGAGAUGCGUAUUCAAUUUUAGUGAGUUUAACGAAAUGCAGUCGAGAUGUUUCAAUAAUGUGUACGGCACUGACAAAAACUGUGUUCUCAGUUCGCCUACUGGCUCUGGCAAAACUGUGGUGUUUGAAUUGGCAAUUUUGCGUGCCAAUGAGUCCCUGGACAACUACAAGGUGCUAUAUUUGGCUCCAACAAAAGCCUUGUGCAGUGAACGGAAAGACGAUUGGUCUAAAAAAUUUGCUCCACUUGGUAUAACGGUUGGUAUGUUGACGGGUGAUACGUCUUACAAAGAGGCAGAGAGUGUUCGUAGUUCUAAAAUCAUUAUUUCCACUCCAGAGAAAUGGGAUAUGAUUACUAGGAAGUGGAGUGACUACAAAAAGUUGUGCAGCUUGAUCAAGUUGCUUCUUGUGGAUGAAGUACACGUACUCAAAGAACCCCGUGGUGCUACAUUGGAGGUGGUUAUGACUAGAAUGAAGAGAAUCUGUGAGUGUUUGAGAAUUUUGGCUAUAUCUGCCACUGUUGCCAAUGCUCAUGACAUUGCUACAUGGCUUGAUGCUGAAACCCUCGUGUUUGGUGAAGAAUAUCGUGCUGUCAAAUUACGAAAGAUUGUCUAUGGCUACAAACCCAACAACGAGAAUGAUUUCUCUUUUGACAAUCAGUUGAAUUCAAAAUUGAUUGAAGUUAUAGCAAAACAUUCAAUGGGGAAACCUGUUUUGAUUUUUUGUGCAACACGAAAUAGUUGUCAAUUCACAGCAAAAUUUUUGGCUGGAAAUGUUGGUGGGAAAAGUGUCAUUUUGAAACUCAAGGAUAGGGACUUGGCAAAUUUAAUCAAAACAGGUGUUGGGUAUCAUCAUGCGGGGCUAACUUACGCAGACCGAAAACAGAUUGAGGGUGCUUUCUUGAACGGUGACUUGAAGUAUCUAUGCUGCACUUCGACCCUUGCUGUGGGUAUAAACCUACCUGCGUAUUUGGUUGUCGUAAAAGGAACCAAGUGCUGGUGUGAAAGUACGUUCCAGGAGUAUUCAGAGACUGACAUUUUGCAAAUGAUUGGUAGAGCAGGGAGACCACAAUUUGAAGAUGAAGGAGUCGCAAUUAUCAUGACUAACAACAAACUCAAAUCCAAGUACGAAAGGUUGAUCAUGGGUACAGAAAAAGUUGAAAGCUCGUUGCACUUGAACUUUCCCGAGAACGUAUUGGCAGAGGUCGCUGUUGGUAAUAUUAGUUCAAUUGAGGAUGCUCUAAGUUGGUUGAAAACUACAUACUUUUAUGUUCGUUUUCUCAUCAACCCCCUGUAUUAUGACAUUCCUAAACCAACAACCACUGAGGAGAACUUGCUAAGAUUUUGCAAGAAUAAAACAGACGAAUUGGCACAAGAGACUCUUAUCUCCGAUUUCAAGUGUACCAAGUUUGGACUCUCUAUGGUCAUGCAUUAUAUUAAACUUGAUACCAUGAAAGUAAUUUUGAGUGCAAGCGACGAACUCUCCAUAUCUGAAUUAUUUGAUAUAUUUGCUAAAGCAGCCGAGUUUAGUGAUGUCAAGAUAAAACAUCAGGAGAAAAAAUUGUACAAGGAGCUCAAUAAAUCACCCUUGAUGAGAUAUCCAUCAGAGUCAAAAGUGAGCUCAAUUAUUCAGUAUGAGCUUGGUGGUUUGGAGUUUCCAAAUUACAACGGUGCUCAAAAGUUACAAUCUAGUUUUUUGGGUGAUAAAUUUUUCGUUUUCAAGCAUGUUUCCAGAAUCCUCAAAGCGAUGAUGGAUGUUUUUGUUGAAAAAAAGGAUGCAAAGUCGUUGAUCAACCUGGGGUAUAUAAUGCGUUCUAUUUCAGCAAGAGGAUGGGAAGGGUCGCCCAAUGAGCUCAAGCAGUUAGACAGUGUUGGAAUCCAAAGCAUCAAAAAGUUUGUGAAUCACAAUGUUUUAACUUUAAUGGAUGCAAAAAUGUUGUCUCAAGUGCAGAUUGAACAGUUCUUGGGUCUCAAGGUUGGGGCAGGUGCGAAGAUUAAGAGGGCACUAUCGCUGAUUCCAAAGGUAAAGGUUGAUGCUCAUUUAAAUGGAUCAGAAGUGCAAAUAAAUAUAAGUAUUGAUCCAAUCACAAAACUGUUCAAGAACGAAAAUCUUUUUUUGCAAGUGAUAAGCUCACAAGGUAGUAAACUUGUCGAUUUUAGGAGAACGUCUUUAAGAAGCUAUGUUGAUGGUGGGUUUGUUAUUCGUCAUUCUGGUCUAAAGGUUGAAGUCGAGGCUAGUAUUAUGUGCGGGGUGGUUGGGAAAACCAGUGUUGGUGAAUUUAAGGAGACUGUUGUCGACAUUGACCCCAACUUUGAAUUUUCGUCAUCUUUGACUUCGCUUAGCGAUAUAUUUGCGAUAGAGCAGGUAAAGAGGGAUGGCCCCGAGGACAGAAAUAAAGAAACUCUCCCGGAUGCAAAGUGCGCUAUCAAAGAGGACAACUCCAUAAGUACCCAUUCGCUUACCAGUUCAAUUGCUAACCCUGUAACCAAUACUGUAAAGCAAGCUGUUUUAAAGAAAAAAGUGAAAAGAAAGAAAUCUAUUUUUGAUGUUCAUUCUGAUGAUUCUGAUGAUGUCGUGUCUGGCAACAACGUGGAGAAGAAAAAGCCAAAACUUAGUUUGUAUGAUGUUUCGGGAAGUAAAGAUAUUGAAUCUUGCAAAGGGGCACAAUUUGGACAAGAGUGCUCAAGUCCGCAGGAAAGAGGAAUGGAUUUCAAAAAUAAUGGCGUAGUCAAGUGCAGAAAUUUGGCAAUGGAGAGUCACAUGGGAGGUACUUGCGUGGGCAAGGACGUCUAUGGAGUGAAAAAUAUAGGACGUAUGGGAAUUCACAAUAACGACAGUCUCAAGACGGACCUGGGAGAGAAAGAGGAUAUUGAUACCAAGGAAGAACUCCACAAACUUGACAAUGUUUGCUCCACUAUUACAGAGUCCAACGUGAUGCGUGAUAUUCAUAGCUCGCAGUGUAGCACAGUGGAUGGAAAUAUUUUGGAAGAGUUUCAAGGAUAUUUUGGCAGUGAUGUCUUUGUUGAAUGA